AUGGCUCCUCAACCGGACACCACGAAUUCCAAGCCGUCGAUGGACAGACCAUACACCGGCCUUCUCGCAAUGAACGGCAGUUUCGGAGACAUGUUCUGGAAGAGCUGCGACACCUGGCAAUACUUGUCGAUUGCCUCCAACUGCGGAAGUGGAACCGACAACGAGGCAAACAAGCUCAUUGAUCAGCAAAGUGGUGAAGACAUGGAAAAGGAUAAGCAGGACCAGAAGCAGGCUUAA